AUGGCACGUCUGCUCUAUCAUGCUGUGGCUUCGGCAAUGGCACUCGUCGCGUCGCUGUCAUCGCUCACAGCCGCACAGCAUUCCAACAGCAGCAGCAGCGACGGUGUGACUGCAGGCAUUGAAGAAGAGAACUUUGGCGUGGGAUGCAGUGCAUCCAUGGAGUACCCAACGUCGACCGACGAAUCUACCGCGCAACCGCGUUUUGCGUACUUGGUCACGAAUCCAUUGGCGGAUUUCGUUGCUGUGCACUUCAAACAGUUCAACUUGCCCAAGAACGACUACGUCCAGGUGCGCUCAGCCGACCCUGCUGCUAGGGACACUCGCGUGUUGCAAUACCGUGGCAACGAUUCUACUGGUGCCUUCUACGCUGAUGCUCUUUCGACCUCAUCCGUGAUCGUGGAGCUCUUCACGGAUACAACCAGCUCGGACGCGAACUCGUCGGAAUGUGUCGGCUUCGCGGUGGACAGCUACCAGUAUCUGGGUCAGGGUUCAACGCUGAAUGGAUCCAAGGAAGAGGUGUGUGGCGCAGACAACAGUCGCGAAGCUCGUUGCUACUCGGGCUAUAGCAGUGCUUUCCGAGCUUCGGACGCUGUUGCUCGCCUAUUGAUCAAGAAGGCGACGGGCUCGUUCUUCUGCACGGGGUGGCUCCUUGGAAACGAAGGGCACCUCGUCACCAAUCACCACUGCAUUUCGACUCAAGCCCACGCCAGCAACACCGAGUUCGAGUUCAUGGCUGAAGGUUCUAGUUGCAGCAUUAACUGCGCCAAACCUCGCGCUUGUUUUGGAACCAUUCGAGCUUCAUACUCGACACUGAUCUACGCCGACGCGGGACUUGACUAUGCUCUUGUCAAGCUUCCUAUCAACCUGUCGGGGCAGUACGGCUACCUGCGUCUCCGUUCCAGCGGAGCUGUCAUGAAUGAACGCGUGUAUGUGCCUCAACACCCUUCUGGAUGGGGCAAGCGCAUUGCUAUGAAGUCUGACAGCGGCUAUGGAACGGUGACGUCCUUGACUAUGGGAGGCUGCGCGAAUAACCAGGUUGCGUACUAUCUGGACACUCAAGGCGGGUCGUCAGGAUCUCCCGUUCUUGCUUGGUCGGACAACUCGGUGGUCGCUCUGCACCACUGCGGUGGGUGCCCGAACACUGCGAUCAACAGCUACAAGCUGAUUAACGACAUGAAAUGGCGUGGUAUCCUCCCGAACAACGCUGUCGCCUAA